GCGCUGCCACGCUCGUGCCGCAUGGCCUCUCUCGACGCCUUCCUCGCAGAUCUCGACGACCUAAACGAGGAGGAGGACGAGGGCGAGGAGGAGGAGAUCAUCGAGGAGGAGGACGACGACGAUGGCGACAUCGACAUGCUCGCCGAGACGGGCGGCGGCGGCGGCGCGGCGGGCACGUCGGGGCUGCUCGCCUCGAGCCGGAUGGCGUCGCUGAUGGAGAAGAUCGAGGCAUACAUGGUGGCCGACGCGGGCGACGGCGUCGUCGCGCCGCCCGCCGCGCCCCAGGACGAUGCCGGCGCCGUCUACGCGCUGAUUGUGCAGUGCAACGAGAUAGCGGUCGACAUCGACAAUGAGGUCGAGGCGCUCGCGAAGCACAUCCGCGACGACUACGCGAAGCGCUUCCCCGAGCUCGAGUCGCUGAUCCCGAACCCGCUCGACUUCGCGCGCGUCGUACUCAAGAUCGGCAACGAGGCGGACCUGACCCAAGUCGACCUCACCGGCAUCCUCCCCUCCGCCACGAUCAUGGUCGUCACCGUCACCUCCUCCACCACCAUCGGCACCGAGCUGCCGCCGCAGGCGCUGGCGGCGGUCAGCGAGCGGUGCGAGCAGGUCCUCGCCCUCUCCGACAACAAGCAGCGCAUCCUCGCCUUCGUCGAGUCCAAGAUGGCGAGAGACAGCCGAGAGACAGCCGAGAUACAGCCGAGGUGCAGCCGAGGUGCAACCGAGGUGCAACCGAGGUGUGUGAAUUGCUCUUCCGACCGCCACCUCCACAGGCAAUCGUCGCGCCCAACGUCGUCGCCAUCGUCGGCGCCGCCACCGCCGCGAAGCUCGUCGGCGCCGCGGGCGGCAUGUCCAAGCUGGCCGAGCUGCCCUCGACGGUCGUGCAGAUCCUCGGCUCGAAGAAGCGCGCGCUCGCGGGCAUGUCCACCUCGACGCAAGUCACGCACUCUGGCUGCAUCUCGCAGUGCGACAUCAUCCUCAACACGCCGCCAGGACUGAGGCCAAAGGUGGUCCGCAUGCCCGCCGGCAAGGUGACGCUGGCGGCGCGCGCGGACGCGUACCAGAACUCUGGCGACGGCUCCGUCGGCCAAAAGUUCCGCGACGAGAUCGAGAUGCGGUCGGCCAAGCUUUCGGAGCCGCCGCCGCCGAAGGACGU